AUGCAUCUUGAUGGCUGGAGUAGCAGAAGCGAAUUGCCAUUGCCGUACUCGACUUCGAUCAACUUGGGUGUACAUCACACGCCUGUCGCUGGCACCACGUCUGCCAUGCAAUCCCCGCCGCCCAGCUCACGAGAGCGACCAUACCGUUCCCACCUGCGGCCAGCAUGUCAUCCAUGUCGUCGACGCAAAUCGCGAUGCAAACUUGAGGCUCAAUCGUCUUCAUGUUUAAUGUGCCGUGUGCAUGGUACCGAUUGUGUUUUUCCAGGGGAGACUGCCUUGAGAGCGGGUCAGUCAUUACAGGCUCCUCUCCCCAAAAGCCCCGCGCGGAGGAGGCCGACGUCCUCCCCCAAGUCGACAUUCACAGCCCGUAGUCCUUUUGUGGCGCCAGAAAACAGCACACCCGAGGUCGACAGCAGUCAAUGGGUGGAUAAAAGAAGUGAUGAAAAUGACUGCCAGCCUACGCCACUCUCUGUUGAUGAUGCAGAACAGGACAAUCCACACAUCGUCGGACCUGCAAACACCAGUGAUAGCCAGGUCCUUGCCGACUACUUGUCGGUAAUCAGUACCAGCAAUGGCGGCAUUCGAAUGGUACGCCCAUUCCCUACCAGUCGGUCCACACCAGUCUUGUUUGCAAAUGUCAAGAAACGACCCCUGGGCAUGGAUGAUAGCUCAAACCCAUCCCGAGAAAAAUUGAAGAUAAUUGAAAAACUAUUGGAACCCAAUGUUGAUCAGCUCAUUGACCUGUACUUUCAUAGAAUUAACCUCUGCCUACCAUUGCUUGAUCGCCAUUCUUUCAAGCUUCAAAAUGAGACUGCAAAAGACAAGAUUUCCCCGGCCUUGCUCGCAUCACUAUAUGCGCACACUCUAACGUAUUGGCGCUUUGCUCCCGAAAGAUGUGAACAGCGAGUUCCCGACGGGCGAUUCAUAUGGAAUCUGGCCAAUGAAGCACUGUACUCGGAGUUACACUUGUCGCCAGGCAUAUCGACAGUCACGGCCAUUUUGCUUAACAUCGGAGGCAGGCCGACGACAUCAUUGAUUGGGAAUGGCGUACAACUUGGUGCAGCAGUCUCACUAGCAUAUUCACUGGGACUCAAUCGCGAUCCCUUGCCAUGGGACAUUCCCAAUGCCGAGAAGCUACUCAGAAUGAAGAUUUGGUGGUCGUUGAUGAUUCAUGACAAAUGGUCGAGUCUUGCCCACGGCACGCCUUUCCAUAUCCAGGAUGAGCAAUACGAUGUCCCUUUUCCGUCCAGACAAUUAUUCGAAACCCAAAGGAGCGAACCAUCCGAACGCCAAGCAGAAGACGUCUUCAUUGCCCUGUUCGGAUUGACAAGAGUCCUCAGUCAUUGCCUUCAGCAUCUAUAUUGCAUCGUUCGCAACAAUGAUCAAAUUUCCAAACUAGAGUUCAAGCUCAACUACUGGGUGGAGAAGCUAGAAACUAGUAUCAGGCGCAUUAUCACACGUGGAAACUUUCUUGGGCUCCCGGGUGCUGCAAAUCUGCGACUCUCUUACAUUUCUGUCCAGCUAUUGAUCAAGAGGCUCGAACUUGAACAUGUUCGCGAGACGUACGGGCCCGACUCUGACAUGCUUGCAAACCGAUAUAUGCAAGUCCGCAGGACUGCAGAAGAAAUUGUCUUGUUUGUUCAGGAGCUCGGCGAUAAACAGCUAAGUGAUUUUUGGCUUCCCAUGAGUGCAUUCAUGUUCUCCUCCACGACAACGUUUCUUUUGCGCUGUGCUUUGGAGACAGAGACUAGCCAAGCAGAGCUCGCCACCAGUACAUCUUUACGCCUUGCCUGGGACUUGAUCACAGCUCUGCGCAACCAUCGUGAUCGUUUCGGCUGGGAUCUCGGUGAUAUAUGCUUGAAUCAACACGAGGAAAUAAUUGAAAAGCUCAUUGCCCCAUCCGCCACGCAAGCUAUUGAAGAUGUUCCAUUCUCUGCAUUAUCAGAGAUGGCUCUUCCAGAAGUACCCUUUAUGGAUCAAUUGUUUCCCAAUCUGUGGGAUACUUUUUAG